GUGCGGUCCGCGGGGUAGCGGAAGUCUCGCUCUGCCAUGUUGAGCGCUUUGUUUCUGUAAGUGAGACGCGAUGAUGGAGCAGAGCUGGAGCUCUUUCUUAUUCCAGCAGGCUAAUGAAGCCCUUCACCACCAGCACCAUGUGGCCCCGAACAGCCUGCUGCCUCUUCUAAACUCUGACCCACCCGACCAAAAACCUGUGAUGCCCAUACCACUGGACCACAAGCCCCCGGUCAGCGCCGCCGAGCUCCUCAAGGACAACGUAGCCAGCGGGACGGGCGGUGGGGGCGGGAACCCCGGUGGAGGUGGCCCGAUGCCCACGAUCAAAAAGGAGCACAAGAGCAAAACGCCAUUCAUCUGCGGCUACUGCAACAAAGCUUUCCGGGACAGCUACCACCUCCGGCGGCACGAGUCCUGCCACACCGGCAUCAAGAUGGUGUCCAGACCCAAAAAGACGGCGCAAGCGGCACCCACCAUGGUUUCGCUCAUCUCCUCGAUGCCCCGCGAGACCACGGGCGACCCCUCUUACAUCUCCACCAUCGCUGGGAUCUUUUCCACGGCGACCACUUCUACGUCCUCCGCAUCCACCAUCAUGUCCCCGACGUCCAUGUCCAACGUGAACCAGCAUAGCGUCCCUAAAAAGCCCCCCAAGCCUGUAAAAAAGAACCACGGGUGCGACAUGUGCGGGAAAGCCUUCCGGGACGUUUAUCACCUGAACCGUCACAAGCUGUCACACUCGGAUGAAAAGCCGUUCGAGUGUCCCAUAUGCCAGCAGCGUUUUAAGAGAAAAGAUCGUAUGACGUACCACGUACGCUCGCACGACGGUGGUGUACACAAACCCUACGUGUGUUCGGUGUGCGGAAAGGGUUUCUCAAGGCCAGACCAUCUCAGCUGUCAUGUGAAGCAUGUUCAUUCCUCAGAGAGACCUUUUAAAUGCCAAGUAACGGCCUGUACAUCAGCCUUUGCCACCAAAGACAGACUUCGGUCACACAUGAUACGACACGAAGGAAAAGUCACCUGCAACGUUUGCGGAAAGAUGCUGAGUGCUGCCUACAUCACCAGCCACUUAAAAACACACGGCCAGAGCAACUUCAACAACACCUGUAACAAAGGAGACUGGCAGUGGAACCACUCAGGGCUCCGAAAAGACAACAAUGAAAUCUGCAACUCUGGCUCCACCACACCAGUCACAUCCUCAGCCCCCAUCACCACGGCAAUGAACCGCUGCCACACCAGCAACCCUGUUACCAUAGCAGCCCAGAUGAACAUCUCCACCAACACCAUUAACAUCACAUCUCCCAUCAACCUUCAGCAUCCGGUCACCAUCACCGGCCCCGUGAACAUCGCCUCCGUCAACAUCCCGUCAUCUGCGCCCAUGAACAUCGCUCAUCCCGUUGCCAUCACCACGCCCAUGUCCAUGAACAUCGGCACCCCGCUCAACAUCGCCAUGAGAUCGAUGGACAGCAUGUCCUUCCUGUCUCAGGUCUUGCCGUCUUCUCCGCCCUGGUAGAACCGGGCUGUGAACUGACUCUUCGGACCAGCCUUCUGCCCUGACCUCCGUUUGAAUCCUGUGUGGUGUGAGGAUUCACAUCAUAUGGCCACAUCGCAACACUAGAAGAAGAUUUGCCUGGGUUGAUUUGCCCAUUGAUGGAUUUUUUUUUUAACGUAUGCCAUUGCACAUGGAUGAGCAGCUCCAUAGCCUGGCAUUUCACAAGUUUUUAAAAGACAAAUGCAAUAAUUGAUGUGCAUUUUUUGUUUGUUUUUAACUAAGCAGAGUGCCGUGGAUUAUUCUACGUUUUGGAUGGCGUUACCUGCAAAUCAGUAUUUAAGGAAAUUAGGGACAAUUGCUUCCGUUGGGAGAAAGAAUUAAAUUUUUUUCAUAAAUGGAUGUAUAAUCCAGAUUUUGCGCAGGUUGGUGCGUGUCUACAUGUUGGACAUCUGAAGAGGUACAGUUGUGUGUGCCGGCUGAUACUUUCUCACCAACAGUUAUGAACGGUUUUCAUUUAAUUUUUUUUAUUAAUAGUGUUUGUCAGGACACUGUUUACAACUGUUAUUAUUUUAUUCUGUGAGUUGAGGGCAUCUUUGUUCUCGUAUUGUUUACGUAGCCAUUGUUUCGGUGUCAUAGGUUUUAUUUUUCUACAGAAUGGAAAAAGUCUUGCACUGAACGCGUAUCCCUAAUUUAAAGAGGCAGUAUUAUAUAAUGAUCAAAUAUUUUGAUAUGCUGACCUGUGAAGUAUACACGCAUAUCUGCCAAGACUACAAUGUUUUAGUCAUAGGAAUUGUGCUCAAGAGCGCCCCCCUUGUGGCUGUUAUGUGCCGUUUAUGAACCUUUUUGCCAAGUGUCGACUUUAUAGCAGGAUAGUCUAAGUAACAUUACAUCACAAGGGCACCUUUUGGAGCCUUACUGUGCGUUCACACCAGACGCGGUAGAGGCGGCAAAAACGCUUGAACAUUUUGAGUUUACUAGCUUCAUUCGCUUGUGAAAUUCUAGUCAUUCGAGACAUUCACGCGGAAAUUUGAGUCAUGGGAGGGGCUUCUGCUACUCCGCUCGCUUCCUGUAAUCAUGUCACUACUAGAGCAAGCUCCUGAUUGGCUAACAUGUCACGAUUUUCCACAAAAGUUCAGAUUUUUCAACUCGCGCCUUUCCCGCGGCAACACUUAAUGUGCGUCAUUCGCGCAAAUGAGGCGGAUUCGCAUCUGCCGCGCCAAAUGCCUCAUUUGCGCCGUGAAACUUACAGACACGCGUAAACGCGUCUUUACAUUGACUUAACGUUGAAAUCACCCGCGCUUGACGCCUCUACGCGGCUGGUGUGAACGCAGCAUAAUGGUGUAAAGGAUUAACCAAUACAUUUUACACUUAAGGGACUUUGUGCCUGACAAGCUGAGUGCGACCUACCACUAACCUAAACAAUACUGAGCCUGUAAAGUCCAGGGUAUACUAAACUUUUUACCUGUACGUGAGGGUCACCAUACAUGACACCACUUUCAUCAUCCGAACACUGCUGGAUUUCUGUAGUAUGUAGGCCUGUAGUGGUAUUAUAUGCGCAUAUAAUGCGCAUGCCUCGGCUCGAAGUACAUUGUAUGCUUAUGAGUCGAAUCAAGUAUACUUUGCAAGGCCGUGCGUCCGACUGUGCGGGUACACUCACGUACUCGUAAAAAAGAAAUAUACUUAGGCCUUAAAGCUAGCCUAGAAGUAUAGUUUUUAUGAAUACACGUGGGUCUGGACGGAUUUUUGUAACAACUUUGUAGGCCAGGAGAUGCAUUGUAUUUUGUCGCAAUGUGCAUGCGUUGAACGUCACGUUCGAGUAAAAAAAACUAGCUUUGCUAAGCUCUGUUCGCAUAAAAAACUGUAAAAAAAACAGACUAUACUCUGUGGUUAAGGCUGAUUGACCUGUCAGGCACAAAGUAUGCGGCAACUUUUAUAAUUUAGUGUUCUGCAUUGAUGAGUUUUCAGUUAAGAGUUUGUAGUUAAAAGUAUUUUAUAUUCCUGUUCUUAUAAAUUCUGCUCAGGAAGUGUGCAGAGUGUAGUCCAAUAAAAAGGUAUGUAUUUCAUUAUUUUUAUUUUUUGAAAAACUGCGUGUGGAACCCACAACAUGACUUUCGAUGAAUUCAUAUCCGUGUGUAAAUAUUUUAUCUUUUCUUUUUAGUGUUUUUUGUUUGUUUGCCGAGUUAAAGUAGAAGGACAUCUCAGUUGGUACGUCCUGACCAACGUCACGGUUCGUUUUUACCGUACUGAUAUUAUUAUCAUGUAGUUUCAAUCUUUAACGUUGAUCUGCUAUAUAGGAAAGUCCAAUAGUAUUCUCCUGUAGCUAAAGCCCGCAGACGUAGCGUACCAAUCAGUUCCUCUGCUUUAAAUAAUGAAGAAUGUUUACAGGCCAAUUCUGGAAAUUUCAACACUGUGUCAUUAGGUGCUCACAUGCUGCUCUGUUUUGGCUAAAGAGUGUAAAAAUUGUGAGAUGUAGGUCAAAACAAGCAUAUAGAGCCCACCAAAGUGAUGUUAGGUACGUUACAUCAGUCACUUUCUCUCAUGAGAAGAGAGUGCAGUAUUGAAAACACUAAUUAUUUGAGUUAAUUGUAUGCAAUUUUAUGGGUAGAUUCCCACCACAGGCUGUGACGCGUGAGGCGGUCUUGGGUGUCUGAAUGAAUGCCGUCCACGCCGCAUUAAGACUCAGGAAUAUGUUUUUCCUGAUCAGACACGAAUGAACCAGCGAUCGUUGUGUGUUUGCAUGAAUCAUUUCAGUCUCCGUCAUGCUAGAACAAAGCAUUUUAAAAUAGUUUAGUUUUUUUUGUGGGAGAUUGUGAAUGCGUGUUGAUGCAUUUGUUUUGUUUGCCAAAUUCCAACCAAUUAAUGAAAUCCAAUGAAGUGAACAUUUUGUAAUUGAAUCUAAUGUCGUUUUUAAUUCAGUUGCUGAACUGGAUGAACUUCAGAGCCCCUGUGAAAGCGGUUGAAUGUAUAUGUUUGUACAGAACUGUUUAGCUGCAAGAGUCAUAGAGUACAGAUAGACACGAGUGAAGAAGAGCAGAAUAACCUUUUAUAAAACUUUUGUAUUAGUACAUUAACAAUGGUAAUUUUGUAUAUAUGAAGACUAGGCUUUCUGAGUAGCAGAAAGGAAAAACAUUCCUACAUUUUUUUUAAAUGUAAGUUUGUCAGAAAUAAUUAUGUAAACAUUUGCAAUGUUUUAUGUGCCUUUUAUUUGGGUUGUCUAAAUAAAAGUAAACUGUAAAACAUGA